AUGGAUCAGAAACCUGACCGCUGCGCGCCGAGGACGUCAAAAGACUCUCAGUGUUUGACCAUCGAUGUCUUCGGAGUAUUGCUCGAAUCUGGUUGGAACACCGGAUCAGCAAUUCUGAACGCUCCAAACAAACCCGACAACAACAAGCAGGCCACCCCUCUUUGGUAUCGCUCUUUGGAAAGCAAAAAUCACCAAAAGCUGCGUUGGUUAGGCCAUAUACUGCCAAUGCCGUUUGCCGGAAAGCGGUUCUCCCUGGUCAAAAUCAAAGUGGCAGAUGCAGGCGAAGGGCAACCUUUGACUUGGCACACGGGUAUGAAAGAGAUAACGAAACAUCUGCCUGCCGUUGGUGCUACUCGUCGUUCAGGAUGA